AUCCAUAGGAAAAGGAUGGAGAAAGAUCUUCUGGAGCUGCAGACUCUGAUUGAUGUCCACUUUGAGCAGAGGAAGAAAGAGGAACAGGAACUGAUUGGACUCAAAGAAAGGAUUGAGAGCCGACGGGCAGAAAGAGCUGAGCAGCAGCGAGUGAGGGCUGAAAAAGAGCGAGACAGACAGACACGGAUUGCUGAGGAAAGGCAGAGGAAAGAGGAUGAAGAGGCAAAAAAGAGGGCAGAUGAUGAGGCCAAGAAGAAGAAAGUGCUCUCUAACAUGGGCGCUCACUUUGGAGGGUUCCUGGCCAAGGCAGAGCAGAGGCGAGGGAAAAAGCAAACUGCGAGGGAAAUCAAGAAGAAGACUCUGGCAGAGAGACGCAAGCCACUGGCUAUUGAGAAUCUGAGAGAGGAUGGCCUGAGAGAGCGAGCCAAGGACAUGUGGGAAUGGAUCUACCAGCUGGAGUCAGAGAAAUUUGACCUAACUGAGAAGAUGAAGAGGCAGAAGUAUGAGAUAAAUGUUCUCCUCAACAGAAUCCAACAUGCGCAGAAAUUCAAAAAAGUCCAUGGUAAAGGGAAAGUUGGAGGACGCUGGAAGUGAACUCACACAGGAGGCACAAAGAAACG